GACUUUUCAGAUUAAUGAAUGGCCCCCGGUGAUAUUAUAUAACCUAAAAACACAACACAUUUCGUAACAAGCAUGUUGUAUAAGCUUUUUGGUCCAUGCCAUACAUGCACAUCGUGCAGCCCUGCAGAUGGUUGAGGAACCCGACAAACUCCGUAGGUAGUGACUAGUUUAUCAACGGCGUAGUCUAUUUCCUGGUUUGGCACAGCUUCAUUUGUUCCAACACAAUGCCUGAGGGACCAGAGCUCCACCUGGCCAGCCUUUAUGUGAACAAAAUGUGUGCUGGAGUGGUGUUUACGGGACCGGUCAGAAAAUCUGAAGUCAGCAAGAGUCCUGAUGUGGCCUUCGCCUGUGAGGCCUAUCUCAUCACUGCCACUUCCAGAGGGAAGGAAGUGAAGCUCACGCUGACGCCCAUGAAGAGUGAUGAUACAAAACAGAGAGUGAAGGCAGGACAAGCAGACCAGGCCAUGGACAUAGUCUUACGCUUUGGGAUGUCGGGUUAUUUCCGCUUCACCACAGAGGAUGAGCUGCCCAAACAUGCCCAUCUGCGUUUUUAUUCCAAAGAGACGCCCUGCAGAGUGCUGAGCUUUGUGGAUGCACGCAGGUUUGGCACCUGGCAUCCCAAUGGGACUUGGCAGCCUGACAGAGGGCCCUGCAUCAUGUUUGAGUACGAAAGCUUCAGGGAGAAGGUUGUGUCGCGCCUGUCUGACCGUGCCUUUGACAAGCCCAUCUGUGAAGUGCUGCUCAAUCAGAAGUACUUCAACGGUAUCGGGAACUACCUCAGGGCUGAAAUCCUUUUCAGGUUGAACAUCCCACCCUUCGUGGCCGCCAGGGUCGUACUGGAAGGCCUUGAGUCAGAAGAUUUAUGCGAAAAUGAGAAGAAAGUAAAAGAUGAGAUCCCGGACACAAAGACCUCAGACGGAGAUACACAGCUGAAAAGGGAGACGGGUGACCUGCUCAGACUCUGUCACACAGUUCCUCUAGAGGUGGUGAGCCUAGGUGGAAAGGGCUACGACCCCCAGAAGGCAGACUACUCUGACUUUGAGGCAUGGCUGCAGUGUUACUACAAGGAUGGAAUGACAUCUAUACGGGACCACAAUGGCAGAACUAUGUGGUUCAAAGGAGAUCCAGGCCCCAUGACGCCUAAAGUUUUAAAGUCACCCAAGGCAAAAAAGAAAGCAAAGAAAGAAGAAGACCAUGAUUACACGGACAAUAAAAAGGUGGCCAGAGGUCGCUCAGAAAGCACACCAAAGAAGAAGGUGGUCAAACAGGAAACUGCGACCAAAACGCCAAAGAAGGAAAAGGAUGCACAUCCGAAGGAGGCCGGAUCCAAGAGAAGAGAGACUGAAAAGUCAGAAGAAGUAAACGCACCUCAAACUAAAGAGAGAUCAGCUGCUCGUGGAAGGAAGAGCAGCAGCGCAGAGCCAACUGCAGUCGUCCUUGUUGCAGGUGCACCGAGGCGGAGCAGCAGAAUGACCAGACAGAACAGCAAGUAAAAAGAAAGGCGAGGAACCACUGUGAUAUGUGUAUAUUUUUUUAAUACUAUUAAACAGUUUUUAAUAAAAAUCAGGUUUCUACAAAAGUUC